AACGGAUUUUAUACGGUCUAAAUAAAUAAAUUUUUCAACAGCCGGCACAAUAAAAUAUGCCUAAAAAGCUGAAUUUAGUUGUGGCAGCGUGUAAUAAUAAUGGUAUUGGUAUAAAUGGAAAGUUACCAUGGCGUCUUAAGAAGGACAUGGAGUUUUUCAAAAAGAUUACAUCUGACACAAAUAAUCCAGACAGACAGAAUGCUGUUAUUAUGGGAAGAAAGACAUGGGUCUCCAUUCCUGAAAAGUUCCGACCCCUGAAAGGUCGUGUCAACAUAGUUCUGAGUAGAGAACUCAAAGAGGUACCAGAAGGAGUACAUAUAGCAAGAAGUUUACCCGAGGCAUUAUCUCUGGUAGAAACAGCCGAAUUGAGUGACCAAGUCGAGAAUGUACAUAUCAUUGGAGGAAGCUCUGUUUAUAAGGAAGCAAUGAUGGGACCGUAUCAAUGUAGAAUAUAUCUGACAAAGGUUCUAAAGGACUUUGAAUGUGAUACUUACCUGCCAGAAAUAUUGGAAGAUAAAUUUCAGAAAAUACCAAACCCAGAAAAUGUACCUGUAGAGCUUCAAGAGGAAAAUGAUGUGAAGUUUAGAUUUGAGGUCUAUGAAAAGGUAGUGCCUCAGAAUGGACCAGUUGAUUUGCAGAACACUUCUUUAAAUCAGCCAAUGGAAUCACUUGGAUCAUCACAUGAUCCUAGUCCUUUGAAAGAACCAAUCAGAUUUGAUGUUAUGUCUGCAAUGUGUCAUGGCAAUAGAGGAAUUGGAUACAAGAUGGGAUUGCCAUGGCCUAAACUUCAGAAAGACUAUGAGUACUAUUCUGCACAUGUAUCAACUCGGCAAGACAAAAAGUCUGUUGGUAAGAAGAUAAUCCAGAUUCGGGGGAGACUCACUUGGUUAAGUGCCAUGGACUCAGAAAGAAAUGCACCAAAUGUUUACACUAUCAUUGUCAGUGGGACGUGGACUGAAAGGGAUUGUGACAGUCCAAGAGUAUUGAAAAUUGUACCUACAUUUAACGAUGCUGUGGCCUUGAUAAAUGACUUGCACCAGCGUAACGAAGUUGACAGUGUGUGGAUAAUGGGAGGGUCUGGCAUUUAUCAGGAAGCCAUUUGUCACCCACAGUUCAGUCAGCUGUAUCUAACACAUGUAUACACAGACUUCCCUGCCGAUGCAUUCUUUCCAGCAUUUGAAGACAGGCUAACGGAAGUAACGGACCAUCCAGAGAAAGGCACUGUGUAUGAAGAUAAUGGUGUAAAGUACGAGUUCAAAGUUUAUAAAAAGAGGUCAAAUUGCAAUUGAACUUGCCAUUAGUUAACAGGAAAACAAAACUAUUGAGAUUUUAUUUCUGUAAUUAUUAUAUUCAUCAUUAAGUUUGUCUUUCAAAAGCAGAUUGAGAUACUGUGAACACAACCCAAACGAGUAAUACAUUUUUCAGUUGCUUUUUAUCUUUAACCAUGGGACUAUAGCAGUUCACUGCUUUAACAUUGAAAUCUAUGAAACCAUGGUAUUUUAUUCCCGUUAACUUUAAUAAUUUCAUGGUAUAGAAUAACAAAAGGUUGUAUUCCCUCCUUAUUUAUAUACAGAUAUUCCAUUUUGCAUAAUACGGGUAUUAUCUUCAUUGGCAAAAAAAAAGUUCAACAUAUGUUCUCAGCUUCAUUGGAGAAGCUCCCUUUAAAUGCAAAGAUUUCCAUCCCAACAGAGCCUUUAUUCAUCAACGUUUUGAAUAUAAAAACUAAGACUUUACUUUUUGUCCUGCUAUGGUUUGAAUAGCAUAGAUUGUGUUAAAACUUUGCAUGAAUAUUGUGUUCUUCUGCUACAGAUAGCUCAACAAAUUUUAAUCUGUAUGAAUCAAAAUUUCAUCAGUAUAAAUUUACUGAACAAGGAAGUUUGUAGCAAAAUGAAUAUUUGUCAUUCUUAAGUCUUAAUUUCGUUGAAUUCUUCAUGUGAGGAAGCUAUCCAGCUGGCUGACGGAAGGUCGGUGGUUCUACCCAGGUACCUGCUCGUGAUGAAAUAAUGCACUGAGGGGCACCUGGGGUCUUUCUCCACCAUCAAAGCUGGAAAGUCGCCAUAUGACCUAAAAUUGUGUCGGUGCGACGUUAAACCCAACCAAAAAAAAAAAAAAAAAAAAAGGUCUUAAUUUCAGAUUUUAAACGUUGAUGACCAAGGGCCCAAUUUCUUGGUAAAUUACCCUCUCUGGAGCAAUAAUGUUUGUAUAAUGAAAUAUUCAGUCUUAUAUACAUUGUGUUUCUGUUAUAAAUUCUUAAUUAACGUCUACUCUGUAAAUCAUAUGGCAGAUAUUAACAAGUUUAUAAGAAAUUUUAGAAUCAGUAACACAAAAUACUCAACAUUAUUUGAGCCGCGCCAUGAGAAAACCAACAUA